UAAACAAAUCAUCUUAUUAUCAACAUUGCUUGAAGGUUUCUGACGUUCGACUUUUUGUCAGAGCUAGUUAACAAAGAAAAACUUGCCUGUAUUUCACACUUUUUGUUCGGAGUUAAGCGACGGAUAUUGCUAGUGGGAAGCCAGACAGUGCAGAUAUGCCAUUUGAGGAUUUGGUUCAUUUUGAUGGCUGCUGUUUCCCGCCUUUUCCACCGCUAGCAGCCGAUGCUAAAAAACACCUGGAAGCGCUACGUAACAUGAAAACUCGAGAAGAUGAUGUGCUUAUGAUAACGUUUCCCAAGUGUGGAACCCAUUGGGUCUGGGAGAUAAUUGUUAUGCUUCUUCAAGGAAAACCAGAGUACCACCCUCUCACCAGAGAGCACGUGUUCCUGGACAUGAUAAGUGACCUGUCCUCUCUAGACAAACUGCCCUCCCCCAGGGUGUUUAAUUCCCAUAUGCCCUACCGGUGGUUACCACAGGAGCACUUCCGGUCAGGGAGAAAAAUUGUCAACGUCAUCCGAAAUCCAAAAGAUGUGGCGGUGUCGUGGUACUGUCAUUGGCACUCGUCCAACGAACUGGGGUGCGGAUCUGUGUCUUGGCAAGAAUUUUUUGAAGAAGUAGUGUUAGGACAAU